AUGUCUUCUUCGCCCUCUCUCCGCAAGAGGGGGGGGAAGCGAGAGGAAACUCCGGUGCCCUCUGACCGUUCUUUCACUCCUUCGCCUUCGAAACCCGUUGCGCCUCGCUCGUCAGAAUGGGACUAUCGGCUGGCCAUUACCAUUUUGACCGUGCUGGCUUUCAUCACUCGAUUCUACAAAAUCUCGUAUCCUGACCAGGUUGUAUUCGAUGAGGUGCAUUUUGGGAAGUUUGCUUCCUACUACCUGCGACGGACGUAUUUCUUCGAUGUACACCCUCCUUUCGCUAAACUCCUGCUCGCUUUCACCGGCUGGUUGAUUGGAUAUGACGGCCACUUUCUCUUCGAUAAUAUCGGCGACUCGUACAUUGAGAACAAGGUCCCCUAUGUGGCCCUCCGCGCUAUGCCCGCUGCCCUCGGUGCCCUCACCAUCCCCGUGGUGUUCCUGAUCAUGUGGGAGUCUGGAUACUCUCUACCGGCUUGCGUCCUGGCUGCGGGCCUCGUCCUGUUUGACAAUGCUCAUAUCGGAGAAGAUCGAUUGAUCCUGUUGGACUCGACCCUGGUUAUCACCAUGGCCCUGAGCAUUCUAUGCUAUGUUCGGUUCUACAAACUGCGUCACGAACCUUUCGGACGGAAGUGGUGGAAGUGGCUUCUCCUGACUGGUGUUUCUCUUAGCUGCGUCAUAUCCACCAAGUACGUCGGUGUUUUCACCUUCGUUACUAUUGGCUCUGCUGUAAUGGUUGAUCUGUGGAAUUUGCUGGACAUUCGCCGACCCAGUGGUGCCCUGACCAUGUUCGAAUGGAGCAAGCACUUUGCUGCGCGCGCGUUCGCCCUUAUCAUUGUACCUUUCUUCUUCUACCUGUUCUGGUUCCAGGUCCACUUUGCCAUCCUGACUCAGUCCGGCCCCGGUGAUGAUUUCAUGACGCCCGCGUUCCAGGAAACGCUGAGUGAUAAUGUUAUGGCUUCCCAAUCAGUAAGCAUCGAGUACUAUGAUCACAUCUCCAUCCGACACAAGGACACCAAGGUAUUCUUGCACAGUCACCCCGACACCUACCCCCUGCGCUACGAUGACGGACGUAUCUCCAGUCAAGGCCAGCAAGUCACUGGAUAUCCCUUCAAUGAUACCAACAACCACUGGGAAAUCAUCCCUACCGUUCCUCUGAACGUCACCGACGAGAAGAGCCGCAAGGUGCGCAACGGCGAUGUUGUCCAGCUCCGUCACGUGGCCACCGAUACCAUUCUCCUUACCCACGACGUUGCCUCGCCUUCUUUCCCCACCAACCAGGAGUUUACCACUGUUUCACACGAACUUGCUGACGGCAAGAGACAUAACGAUACCCUGUUUGAAAUCAAGGUUGAGCAUGGCAAAUCCAAGCAGGAAUUCCGCACUCUAUCUAGCCAGUUUAAGCUCGUACAUGUCCCAACAAAGGUGGCCAUGUGGACUCACACAAAGCCUCUACCUGAAUGGGCUUUCAAGCAGGCAGAGAUCAAUGGCAACAAGAAUGUUGCGCAGAGCAGCAACAUCUGGUUUGUGGAAUCUGUCGAAUCUCUAACCGAGGACAGCCCGCGUCUUCAGAAGGAGGAACGCAAGGUCAAGCACUUGCCCUUCUGGCGGAAGUACCUCGAGCUGCAGCGGGCUAUGUUCUUCCACAACAAUGCCCUCACGAGCAGCCAUCCGUAUGCCAGUGAGCCGUUCCAGUGGCCUUUCCUUCUCCGUGGUGUCAGCUUCUGGACAAAGAACGAUACCCGCGAGCAGAUUUAUUUCCUGGGUAACCCCGUUGGAUGGUGGAUCUCCAGCAGUCUUUUGGCCGUUUUCGCUGGUGUCAUUGGUGCUGAUCAGCUUUCCCUGCGACGCGGGGUGGAUGCUGUCGAAGAAAUCUGGGGUGUUGGCUCCCGUUCGCGCCUGUACAACAGCACCGGAUUUUUGUUCUUGUGCUGGGCUGCUCACUACUUCCCCUUCUGGCUGAUGGGCCGUCAACGUUUCUUGCACCACUACUUACCUGCGCACGUCGCCUCGGCCCUUGUAACCGGCGCGCUGAUUGAGUUUAUCUUUAACAUCCAGCCGAUCUCGGUCCCAGCAACAAUCCCCGUGGUCCUGGAUGACCCCACGGGUAAGGCCAAGAUUAGACGGUUUGUCACUGCCAGAGAGCGUAUGGGCUUCAGGUCCAUGCUCGCUGGCUGGCUUGCGUCUCUAACUAUCCUCGCUGCCACCUUUUGGGGAUUCUGGUUCUUCGCUCCCUUGACCUACGGAACUCCUGGCCUGGAUGUCGCCGGAGUCAACGCACGCAAGUGGCUUGGAUAUGACCUGCACUUCGCUAAAUAA